AUGACAUCAUGGCACAAUACAUGCCGCGAAAUCAGCUUUGAUGUAGCUGUAGCAAGAUGUUUCACUUUGAACGGAGUCAAUGUUUCUAAAAUUGUAAAAAUAAACGAUUGCGUCCAAAUGAACGUUCCAACUCAAACUAAAGAUUCAGGUUGUAAAGGUUUUGCGCCGAAGUUUAUUUUUUCAGAUUACACAAAGAGCAAUCUUACAACAACAGUUUGGCUAAGAAGAGAACACAGAUUAUUUCAGGUAUACAAAAUAAGAACAAUGCUUCGAGAUCAGAUGUUCGAUGACGAUUCUGUUUUUCAUCAUAUCUUCAUGUUAGGCAACGACUACAGAAAUCUUUCAUAA